GUGCCAGUAAUGCUCAGAACCCACCUUCUUCUGGGCCUUCAGGCCUUCCGUCGUCUUUGCAAAGUCCACUGCCUCGGCCACAUCAAAUGGCUUUGCCAACAAGUCCUCCUAUUUCUCCACCAAAUAACUUGAAUAGUCACUGCCCUCCAUCUUUACCUCCUUCAAUGGCCAGGCAGGAGGGGAUCCCUGGUUCAAAUCCAUUGAACACCAACUUGCCACAGCAACUUGCAAGUGAACCCCCAGGUCCUGGGUUUUCUUCUCAGUAUGGAAAUUAUGGUCCUCCAAUGGCAGGGGCACAGCUGUCUUAUCCAAGUGGCCUUCCCUCUGGUCCAGCUCAGUUAGCUGGACCACAGCAGAGGAAACUUGAUCCAGAUUCCAUUCCAAGCCCAAUUCAAGUAAUUGAAAAUGAUAAAGUUUCCAGAGGAGGUCAGAUCUAUGCUACCAAUAUCAGAGGUCAAGUCCCUCCUCUUGUUACAACAGAUUGUGUGAUCCAAGAUCAAGGUAAUGCCAGUCCACGUUACAUUCGAUGUACCUCUUACUGCUUUCCUUCAUCUUCUGACCUAGCAAAACAGGCUCAGAUUCCAUUAGCUGCUAUCAUCAAACCUUUUGCUGAUAUUCCAGCAAAUGAGACCCCACUUUAUCUGGUAAACCAUGGGGAGACCGGACCAAUUCGAUGCAAUCGGUGCAAAGCUUACAUGUGUCCCUUUAUGCAGUUCAUUGAGGGAGGAAGAAAAUAUCAGUGUGGGUUUUGUAACUGCAUGAAUGAUGUUCCUCCAUUCUAUUUUCAACAUCUGGAUCACAUUGGUAGAAGAAUAGACCACUAUGAAAGACCGGAACUGUCACUUGGAUCAUAUGAGUAUGUUGCUACUUUAGAUUAUUGCAAGGACAACAAACUGCCCCGGCCACCAGCCUAUAUUUUUAUGAUUGAUGUGUCAUACAAUAACAUAAAAAGUGGUAUUGUUAAGCUCAUUUGUGAAGAACUAAAAACUGUGCUAAACAGACUUCCAAAGGAGGAACAAGAAGUUUCAACAAUUCGAGUUGGAUUUGUCACUUACAAUAAAGUCCUUCAUUUCUUCAAUGUAAAAAGCACUCUCGCACAGCCUCAAAUGAUGGUAGUCACUGAUGUCAGUGAAGUGUUUGUACCUUUGUUGGAUGGCUUCCUUGUCAACUUCCAAGAGUCACAGUCUGUUAUUAAUAACUUGCUGGACCAGAUUCCUGAGAUGUUUGGAGAAACAAAUGAGAGCGAGACAGUCUUUGCUCCUGUGAUCCAGGCAGGCAUGGAAGCACUCAAGGCAGCGGAGUGCACUGGAAAACUGUUUAUCUUCCACUCUUCAUUGCCAACUGCAGAGGCACCAGGGAAGCUGAAGAACAGAGAUGACAGAAAAUUGGUCAAUACAGAAAAAGAGAAGAUGCUGUUUCAGCCCCAGACAAAUACUUACGAGGCCUUGGCCAAAGACUGUGUUGCUAACGGCUGUUGUGUAGAUUUGUUCCUUUUCCCAAACCAGUAUGCAGAUAUAGCUUCCAUGGGCCUUGUGACUUUGCAUACUGGAGGAACACUGUACAAGUACAACAAUUUUCAGAUACAUUCUGAUAGUCAUCAGUUUCUGAAUGACCUGAGGAAGGAUAUAGAAAAAAAAGUGGGCUUUGAUGCUAUUAUGAGAGUUCGAACUAGCACAGGUUUUAGAGCAACAGACUUCCUGGGAGCUAUUUUCAUGAACAACACCACAGAUGUUGAGCUGGCAGCAAUAGACUGUGACAAAGCCGUGACUGUGGAGUUCAAGCAUGAUGAUAAACUGAGUGAAGAUGGUGGGGCUUUAAUCCAGUGUGCAGUCCUUUAUACAUCCAUGACUGGUCAAAGACGUCUGCGCGUACAUAACCUUGGACUCAACUGUAGUUCCCAGUUAGCUGAUGUCUACAAGAGCUGUGAGACUGAUGCCCUAGUAAAUUUCUUUGCAAAAUCAGCUUAUAAAGCCAUUCUCAGCCAGCCCUUGAAGACUGUCCGUGAGAUCCUGGUGAAUCAAACAGCUCGCAUGUUGGCGUGUUACCGAAAGAACUGUGCUACCCCAUCUGCAGUGAGCCAGCUUAUCCUUCCUGAUGCAAUGAAGGUGCUUCCUGUCUACAUGAAUUGCCUUCUGAAAAGCUGUGUGCUGCUGGGCAAGUCCGAAAUUCCCACAGAUGAAAGAACUUUUCACAGACAGCUGGUCAUGUCAAUGGAUGUUGCUGGCACUCAACUUUUAUUCUACCCACAGCUUCUGCCAAUUCACUCUAUGGAUGUAAAUAAAGAUGCAGCUCCUCCUGCUGUUCGCUGCUCGGAGGAACGUCUGUCUGAAGGAGGAGUAUUCCUACUGGCAAAUUCUCUACACAUGUUUCUGUGGCUCGGAGUCAGUGCCCCACCAGAACUUGUCCAAGGGAUAUUUAAUGUGCCUUCCUUUGCACAUGUCAGCACUGAGGCUACACGUCUUCCAGAACUGGAUAAUCCCUACUCUUCAAAACUGAGAUCUAUAAUAGAUCAGCUCCAAAGCAAAACACCUUAUUCCAUGAAGAUCCUCAUUGUGAAGCAAAGAGAGCAGACAGAGAUGGUUUUCAAACAGUUCUUGGUUGAAGACAAGAACAUCUAUGGAGGAGCUUCUUAUGUGGACUUCUUAUGUUGUGUUCAUAAAGAAAUAUGUCAGCUUCUCAACUAAUGGAUGCUUUGAUGUUAGUUCUCUCUGCAUUUGUUCAGAACCUAUUCAAGAAUGGCCAACCACCACAAGGUGCUUUAUACUGCUACCUUAUUGUACAGUUUCUAAUUUCAUAGAUUAGUGCCCUGUUUCAUAAUAAUGUAGCCACCUACAUUUAUGUAGACUAGGCAAGUAUGUGCUCAGGUAUAACUCCUAUGGGAGAGCCUUUAUCCUUCUUUAAAAGGAAGUAAGUUUCUAGUGGCGAGGUUUGGAAUCCUGGAACCUGUGUAAAACAUGUGGUUCUCAUUUCAUAAAUUUUAAUAAAUUGCAAAGCAUUAAGUCCUGUUAUGUAUGAUUUGUAUUACUCAUGUAAUUUUUUUGGUUCUUGUUACUGUACAUUCUGGCCUAUUAACUUUUUUUCUGCUAGCUCACAUUUAAUGUACAGUAUAGACUGAAUAAGUUGCUUGGACAAAUAGUGAAAUGUCUCUACCAAAAAGAAAAGAAGUCCAGUUGCCAUGACUCAACCUCCAGACAUUUAAUGUACAGUAUAGACUGAAUAAGUUGCUUGGACAAAUAGUGAAAUGUCUCUACCAAAAAGAAAAGAAGUCCAGUUGCCAUGACUCAACCUCCAGACAUUUAAUGUACAGUAUAGACUGAAUAAGUUGCUUGGACAAAUAGUGAAAUGUCUCUACCAAAAAGAAAAGAAGUCCAGUUGCCAUGACUCAACCUCCAGACAUUUAAUGUACAGUAUAGACUGAAUAAGUUGCUUGGACAAAUAGUGAAAUGUCUCUACCAAAAAGAAAAGAAGUCCAGUUGCCAUGACUCAACCUCCAGACAUUUAAUGUACAGUGUUUUUUGCGCUUUUCAUUAUUUUGCAUGCUAUGGUGCUCUGUGACAUGGCUUGCAAAAUAGUGGACUAUCAGCCCCAGCAAAAUAGCCAAAGACUGGGGCCACUGGAAAUUGUGGCUUUCCAGGUAUAACUGGCCUAUAUGUGCCUCCCACUCACCUGUUGAUUUUGUAAAUAAUUUUAAAAUUAAUUCUUUUUUGUAGUUUACUUAAGGGGAAUAAGAAGGAAGGAAGCCAAUUUUUCUGGGGUUGAUUCAUUUUUUUUACAUGCAGUUUUUAUUUUGGCAGAAAAUCUUUUUGUGUUGACCAUGCCCAGAUGCAGCCUCAACAUAUUCCACAAGGUCAUUCACCCAAAGCUUUGUUAACAUACUCCACGCUCCCAUUACUGUACACGAGCCAAAGCAGUUGAGUUGUAACAUUUUCUCUAUGAGACAACAUUAAGGGAUUUGUGAUUCUUUGGUUUAGAACGUAGCAAAAUUUAAUGCCUUGCAAAAAACUAGGUAGCAACUGCUAUUACUAGAAUGACUGUUGGAGUAAAUGAACAUUUAAACAUUUAAACGUGUACAACAUACUAACUUUCAAGACUUCAAGACUACCACUUCAAAAAUACUAUUGUUACUUUAUUCCCAAAAUAAAAUUCUUUAUUUGACUAAGGCA